AUGUCCCAGGCCUUCGGGCUUGAUGACGCCGGAAGGCGCUAUCGAUCACCCGCGCCAGAAGGGGAGGUCGACUUGGACCAGAAGACUCCGGCCGAGUUGAGGCGGCUGUGGAGCAUCAGGCAGAAAUGGUCCAGCACGAAGGGCCGUGGCAUGUGGAAUAACAUCAUCAGGGACUAUCUGGGGCCCGAGGAGGCCGACGCCCUCAGCAAAGACAAGAAGAUUCAGGUCAAGGCUAAGCUGCAGAUGAGAAUUCACAGGGGCGUCUUGAGACACGGCGCUUGGCCGGCGCGCGAAAAAGCCGCACUUCUACGCGCCUAUCUGCGGUGGAAAAAGAAUCGCUAUCACGAGAUCUCCAGGCUCCUCAUGGAGGAGCUUCAUAACGAGGGUUACGCUCCGGCUUACAAGUGGAAGAGUGUCCACGUCGAGGCCGAGCUUGUGAAGGAUGGCCUGGAGCAGAGGCUGCGCGAGACUUCCAACGCGCACAGAACGCGCGUCCAAGUCCCUGCGCGCCAUCACGCCGCCGAGAGCGGCUCCCCGCACACCAUCAUAUUUAAUAUUCGCCACCCCACAUCACAAAGUCAGCAGCAGCAGCAAGCAGCAGUCUACGGCCAGAUGCCCGGGUUCGACGACUGCCACAGCCAGUACUACUGGCAGCAGCCGCAUCAGCCGUAUGAUGUCGGAGGCGGGCACAAGCGCCAGAUGCCAGGCGGAUCUUUGCCCUACGACAUGCUGGUCGAGCCGCUCACUGCGCAACCGCAGUUGCUACUGGCCGACGAACAGCACGAUCAGCUUAUCGACGAGCAUCUGAAGCGGACGCCGCUCGGGACCGGCCCCGAGGACCCGGCGAUGGCCGCGCUGGAGCGCUACAAUGACCAGCACCAGCACCAGUAUGACGACCUCAAGAUGUUCGACGACCCGAGUUUUGAAGAACAGUUUCUCCGCAGCAGGAGCCCGUCGACCUCCUUGCUGCACGUUAAUAACGGCAUUGCCGCCGCGGCGUCCGCGUCCCAACACUCAUCGCGUAGCCCAGCGCGGCCGUGGCUAAGUAGGCGCGCGGCUAGCUGCUGA